UCCUUAGGCUUGAAGAGAGAGGCUAAUCCAAAGCAUCUUCAACUCUCUUCCUCGUCUCUCUCUCCUUUCCUCUGAAGUAGUCUCUCUCUUCUUCGUUUUUCUCAUAAAUCUAAAACACGUGGACUCCAUUUCUCUUGAAUCAUGGUCGGACCUUCUCUCAACACUCAACAAAACCUCACCCUCAAACCCAACGCCGCCGCCAACAUCAAGUUCCUCUGCAGUUACGGCGGCAAGAUCCUCCCCCGUUAUCCUGACGGCAAGCUCCGUUACCACGGUGGCGAAACACGUGUCCUCGCCGUUGACCGCUCCAACUCCUUUGCCGAGCUAAUGGUGAAGAUGGGAGAGUUAUGCGGUGGUACGUCGGUGAGUCUGCGGUGUCAGCUUCCGACUGAAGAUCUUGAUGCUUUGGUAUCGAUCACCUCCGAUGAAGAUCUCUCCAAUCUCAUCGAAGAAUACGAUCGAGCCUCCUCACCACCUCUCAAGAUCAGAGCCUUUCUCUCGCUGCCCAAAUCCGCCAAAAAACUCUCUCCUCCUCCUUCCUCCGCCGCCGCUGGUUCGUCUUCUAGAUUUCCGAUCGCCGCCGCGAAUCGGUGCAUCCACCAGAUAUGGAAGCCGGUAAGGGAAGAGAUUCCAAGUUUCUUCUCAAGAUGGAACCAAGUAAUGGGUGUUGGGCAUCUCAGGAUGACUACUAGCAUUUUGUGUCAGGACCAUAUGCGCUUUCGAUUGAAGUUUUUUCCUUUGACAAAGCGAUGGGAACACACUACUAAGGCAUUGAUUUCAUGCAAUGGAUUGACAUCAGAGAUGGCAACAUCAUGGAUCCCACUGCGAUAUUCUAUUGCCUAAGACAGGCGUUGUAGGUUAUUAGUCAAUUUCUGCAACUACGAGCCUACUAUGAUGGUGUGUAUACCAGAAAGGAAUGAAAAGGCGGUGCCGUGGAGUAUAUGCGAAGAACAGUGCAUCUGAAUUGGAGGAAAUGGGCUUUGGACAGUUUGAAGAGAAGGCAAGGGCUGAAUGAAAGAAAGGACCAAGACAGUGGCAACUGUUUUACUACCACAUGCCUCGACUGCUCUGGAGGAUAUUGGCUUACCAGAAAUGUUUGGGAGCACUAAUUUGGCACAAUUUAUUUAUCUCUAAUGACGUGAAAUAGAUUAUGUGAAGGAGUGAGCCCGCACUUCUCUCUAUCGCUCUCAAUUCUCUCUUCCACCUUAUUAAGGGUAGAUUAGGAGUGUUAUAUUGGUGAACUGUUGUAUGAUUGAUUGGCUUACCGGGUGUGAAUUUGGAUUUGAGUCUUAUCUGUUAGGUGAUAUUGUAUUUAUUUUUUAUUUUUUUUAAGGAUUGUAAAUAAAUAAAUUAAUUAAGAGUCUUAAGGAUUCACAAAAGCUGACACUAUUACAUUUAUUGGAUUUAUAUAACGUGGGUGUUUGGGAA